CAACUUGAUUGAAUUCGAUAAUCAUGUAAAUAAUCUUGCAACAGAUGAACAAAAAGCUGAAUUAAUGGAACACAUUGUUCAGACUAUUGUUGAUCGUUUCAUUAAGACGGAACGGUUUACUCUAGAUUGUGAUGAAACAACAGAGGACAACACUCAAACAAAUAGAGUGCCAUGCGGUUAUCCUGGUUGUCCAAAAUCUUACCUGUUGGAUGGACUGUGUCGUCGCAACCAUAGACAAACUUGUCAAUAUAAAGAUUUAGAAAUAUUACAGCCAUAUGAACCAGUCGCCAAUGAACCAAAGACGAAGACGAAGGAAAAAUCUAUAGAAUUCAAGACUGACUAUAAGUUCAAUUACACAUGUUGUGUUCUUCGGGAUGGUUUGAUGGACUGGUGUAGAGAAGACUCGGCCAAAGAGAACGAUGGUGAUCGCCUUUUUCGAAUGUGGAAAUUUGAUAUGCUUAGGUUUUCGAAUUCAAACCAUACAAAAUACCACCUUCUAGCCUUCAAACUUCAAGCACAGAUUAUGGCAACAUUACCUCCAAGGCUUGCCUUUGAAUUGAAACAUAAUCGGUCAAUCAAUAUUCAUGGUGGAAAAGGUGGGAAUGUACCAGGUGACCUGGCCUUGGAAUUCUUUAACAUGAGAGCCAAGGAUGCUUUGCAUGCGCUGCAUGGAAAUCUAACAUCAACAUCAAUAAAACGUGUUGGUAGAAGCCUUCAAGGAUGCAACGAUAUAAUGGAUGCAUAUGUAAAUGGUCUAGGGCAUUAUUUUGGAAAGCCUUCAAAUUCAAAACCAUCUUUGAAAAAGAACAUAAACAUGAUUGUUACUCAACUUCAACCAGAGAAACUAUUCAAUGAAAUUCCAGGACGUUAUCACAAAUCUUUCCAAUGCAUUCCAUUUGAUCCACUUUCUGACCUGAAAGGGAAGACUUUUAACAAAUGGCUAACAGAAAAGAAGGAAAUGUACGCCAAGAUACAGAGACGGAAAUCCUAUUAUGUAUGAACAAAAGGUGCUUAACUGUGAUAAAUUGUUCAAUGGUUGCUUUGAAAAAUGUUGUAUACAUACAUGUGGAUAUUUAAUUAAGUUACUGUACUCCAUUUUAAUCAUCAAUUUGAUGUUCAAUCUCAGGAAGCUUUAUAUUAGGUUGUGUUUUUUUUAUUUAUAACUUGUGCUUUUUGUUGUUUUAAUGAGUUGAGGGCAGCCCAUUUUUAGCAUGUUGAAAGUUUUUUUUAUUCAUUAUUAUUUUGACCUCUAGAUACUGCCAAAUGACUGAUUCUGGAUUGUGUCUCUUAAAAGUAUGAACAUAUCAUUGUCAGCUGUAUGGCUUUGAAUUGAGACUUGUUUUAUUUAUAGUGCAUUUGUUUGGUAAACGUUGGCUUUAUUUAUAGUGCUUUUUUUUGGUAUAAAAACACAUGACUGGUUCAUGCAUGUGUUCCAAUUUUUUAAGUUAAACAUGUUUAUUAGUCAGCCUAGUGCUAACCAUGUCAUUUCUUCUUCAGUGCAUAAUUUAUCAUUUUCUCAUGAUUUACUUAGAAAUUUAAAAUGAAAACAUCUAAUGUGCAAUAUGA